AUGGCGAUAUCCUUUUCAACACUGUCACUACUCACCGUCCUCCCAGCAUUCAGCAACACAGCUUUUGCAACCCCACUCGAUCCUCGAGCAGGCGCUCCCGUCCUCUCUAUCACGAACAGCCAAUGGACCGCACUCAACAAAAGCGUCGGUGGGAGACUUCAGGUCGCAUACCCGUUCGCCAAACCCUGCUAUAGCUACUUCAACGGCAAUCCCAUCAUGCCAGACGUCGCCGCAUGUUCCGCCGUCCAGAACGGAUACGUCGACGAGCAAAGCAUAGCCAACAACUUCGGAGGCUAUAUCAACACCAACUGGGCCACCUGCCAACGCCACGCCCAAACCUGCUCCCUCGACUUCACCGCGUCGCAAAACCCUACCUACUACGCCCCACCCGUCAACUGCUACCAAGGCUCCGUGCCCACCUACUACAUCUCCGUGCAGAAAACCUCCGACAUCCAGUCCGCCCUCAAAUUCUCCAACACCACCGGCGUGCCCCUCGUGAUCAAGAACUCCGGCCACGACUACAAAUGCCGCUCCGCAGCGCCGAACUCCCUCGCGUUGUGGAUGCACAACGUCCAGCCGCCGAUCAAGCUGAAGAAAGGGUUCACGCCGGACGGAUGUCUCGACCCUGCGGGCGACGCGGUGACGUUCGGUGCCGGGCAGGGGUUCGCGGGGGUGUAUGAGUUUGCGGAAGCGAAUAAUAUCACCGUCGUCGGGGGGAGUAGUCGGACGAUUCGUACCGUGCUGCCGAAUGGGACGUAUGUGACGGCGAAUCGGUGCCAUAACCAGGAGUUGUUUUUUGCGUUGAGGGGCGGUGGCGGGAGUACGUUUGGGGUGAAUUGGGAGAUGACGACAAGGGCGCAUCCUCAGUUGACCCUCCAAGUCCUCUACAUUCGCUUCGAGGCUACAAAUACCUCCUCCAUCACCCAAUUCACCCGCAUCCUCACUCAAAACGGCGACCGCUGGGCCUCCGAAGGCUGGGGCGGCUACGUCGCCCCCGGCGCCCUCUCCACCCAAAUCUCCGGCCUAAUCCUCCUAACCCCCUCCCUCUCCUACGCCGACGCCGUAACCCCCAUGUCCACUAACAACCUACAUCGCCUCCCUAGGCAACCUGAAAAAGUCGGGCUGGGCAUCGCUCUGGGCUCCCGCCUCAUCCCGCGUUCCCUCCUGCAGACGGAGGAUGGACAGGAGGCGUUGGUGGAGGCGAUUGGGAAGGCGAGUGAGAUGGUGAUUCCGAGUUCUUCGACUUCCAACCUUCUCGCAGACCCCAAAGCUUUGACGUAUGGGUCUCCGUUUCAGAUUCUGGUUACGGCGCCUUCGUCGUAUGCUUCGAGGAAUGAUUCUGCUGUGACGCCUGCUUGGUACUCUGCCGCGUGGCAUAUUGCGUUAGGACAGGGGUUUGCGAACUCGGCUUCCGCGGCGGAGAUUCAGACUGCGUUUCAGACGGCGCAUGAUGCGGCGCAGGUCUUGAGGGAUGUGGCGCCAGGGAGUGGGGCGUAUAUCAACGAGGCGGAUGUGUUUGAGCCGGAGCCGGAGGAGACGUAUUGGGGCCUGGAGACUUAUCAGAGAUUGUUGGCGUUGAUGAAGAAGAUCGACCCCGGGAAUCUUUUUACGUGUUGGGGAUGUAUCGGGUGGGAUAGUACCGAUGCGAGGUAUGGGUGUUAUCCGAGUUUGGAUUGA